AUGUACUACACUGAUGGUGAAUCAUUUCCAUGCAACUUGUGCACCUUAGAUUCUCCGUGGGGAAUGACAGAGACCAAUGAUGGUGAUAUCGUAAUUUGUCAUCCAGAAACUCACAAGGUCUGUAUAUUUGACAAAAAGGGAAGAUCCAAAAUGACCUUAAAAACUAGUUUGAGCGGCAACAAUUUAUUUUUAAACCCUCGGUGUGUCUGUGUGAACGAAUUAAAUGGAGACAUCAUCGUAUCCGACUUUGAACGACAUUCUAUUCUGUUCUUUGAUAAAAAUGGAGAAUAUAAGUUCAGGUAUGGAUCUCUUGGAAAGAGUUCUGGACAUCUACAUCAUCCAUGUGGGGUUUGUGCCGAUUCAAACGGUAACGUGAUUGUAGCUGAUAGUGAUAAUCAUAGAGUUCAUCUGGUAUCAGCUGAUGGAAAGUUCCGUAGAUUUAUUUUAACUCAAGCUGAUGGAAUAGAUGAACCUAUUGCAGUGUGUUUAACUAAAGAAGAAUUAUUGGUAGUUGGACAAUGGUCCGGGAAGGUCAUCGUUUUAAACUACUGA